AAGGAACAGCUGUUCUAAAACAAAACUAGUAAACAAAUCAAAAGCAGUUCAAGACUAACCAUACAUAUAUAGCACUUUGGACUGCGUAAACGGUUAGAUUAAACGACAUGUUAAAACGAAAAUUAAACCAGCAAAAAGAUAAUCUGGAGGAUGUGGAGCCCAAAAAAUCAUUUCCAAAUGAAGAAAGUACCAUAUCCGAUUUCUUCAUCCAGCCUCUGUGGUUAAAAUUCUAUAAUACUGAGGUCAAGUUGAACGAGUUGCUAGAAGAACUGACCCCCCCUCCGAACAUUAAGUGCAUCUACAACCCCAUAGUGUAUGCGUCACAACUGCACUGUGAUUAUGUGCGACGGUAUUUGAGUGGUCCGAAAAAGCUAGUGUUUAUUGGGAUGAAUCCAGGACCCAAUGGAAUGGCUCAGACGGGGAUACCCUUUGGCAAUGUGCGCACUGUAAAACUCUUGUUGCAACUGUCAGGAUCUGUGGACAAACCUCCUGUCGAACAUCCCAAACGUCCUGUUUUGGGCUUGGACUGCAAGAUUGAGGAGCCCAGUGGUGUUCGUCUGUGGGAGUUAUUUCUGCGAUUGGCUGGAAACGUAAACAUCUUCACCCAGCAGUGCUUUGUGCACAAUUUUUGUCCUCUGGCCUUCUUCGAUGAAGCGGGCAAGAACCUAACGCCCAGUGAAUUGAAAGGACCUUACAAAAAGCAGCUGCGGGAAUAUUGUUUGGAAACACUUGAGGAGCAAUUGGUUCUACUUAAGCCCCAAGUUCUUGUGGCUGUGGGGGAAUAUGUUCAUACCGCAUUGAAAGGAUCAAGGUACUGCAAAUCGGAUUCCGUUUCUGUCCUUCGGCUGCCUCAUCCAAGUCCUCGAUCUGUUAAUAAUAACGAUUGGCCGAAUAAGGCUCGAGCUUUUCUGGAGGAGAACAACCUAAUCCGCUUUUUGCGGAAUGAAGCUUAAAACACAAAAUGCAUCAGG